CUGUGUGUAAUUGUAAGCCUCACAGUGGUUUCGCUUUAUGAAAACGCGUUUUCUCGCUUUGAAGCGGUGUUAUUUUGAAGGCCGGACGGGUUUGGGCUGUUGACUUGUUUUCCUGUGAGGAGACGCGGCUCUGACAGUGACUGCCUGCCACACAUGCAUCAAAGUGUCCGGAUGACUUCGCUUUGUUCCUCAGCUUGUUAACAGAGCCCCGGGUCUCUCCUCACAGCAGAGUUCAGAAUUGCACUACAAUGUCUGCGGUGGCUUCUCUGCAGUAAGCAAACAAAGGUUAUGCUGCCCAAAAGCUGUCUGAGUCCCAGUGAGAAAGAGAAGGGCUAAAGCCAAACCAAUCCAAAUCAGCUUUCCAGAGCCUCUCCAGCAGCAACUCCACUGCGGAGCCAUGAGCAACCCCAGCGCUCCCAACCAGAUUACAGACGCCGUGGCAUCGGUUAUUCACAGUCCAGAGGCUCCCGCUGCCUCGUCAUUACAAGGGACCCCGCGCCCAGAGGAGGAAGAUGAUGGGGACCUGAACAAAGCUUUGGGCGUCCAGCGCUUCCAGCAGAUCCUCAGUCCCUCUGCUGUUCCUGAUGAGCAGCACCAUAACUACCAUGAGGAGGACAUUGAGUACCAUCGUCACUCCUCUCACCACAUCCACCGACCUCUGUCCAAACUGCCCCCCGAGGGACGCAGGAAGAAGAGCAGCAAGAAGAGGAGAAAGGACAAAGAUCAAAAAAGUAGCCACGUUCCCAGCAGCGGCCCCAUAGAGGAGGGAGAGGAUGAAGAGGAAGAUGAGGAGGAGGGGACGGAGACAACAUCUGCUCCGUCUGACUCUGAGAAAGUCAAAGAUGUGGAGUUCUUUGUUUCGGAUGAAGACCAUGUGGCCAAACGUGGCAAAGAGAGUCCCAGCUCAGCCCGUGAGCUGGAUAUCGUCCCCCAGUCUGUUAUGGGAACAGAUACUGAAGAUGCAACUUCCACAGAUAAACCGGCUUCAACCGACACGUCCAGUGCCGCUCCCCAGCCAACGCCACCCGAACACACACCGCUGGCCCGGGUGUCCUCCGCCAGCCGCAGCUACGACCUCCAAGAGCGCCGUCGCACGGGCAACAUGACGGGCGCUGAGCAGGCAAAGUACCAGCGCAUCCCUACUGAUGAGAUUGAGGCUGAGACCCUGGCCUCCGCUGACCUGGAUGGCAUUAAAAGUCAUCGUUUUGAAGAUGUCCCCGGCGUGCGCAGACACCUGGUCAGAAAGAGCACAAAGGGACAAGUGGUGCACAUCGGCAAAGACCACAAAGAGCCGACCACUCGCAGCCGUAAGCAAGACCGCACCCCACAUGAGGUGUUUGUGGAGCUGAACGAGCUGACUAUGGACAAGAACCAGGAGAUGCAGUGGAAGGAGACGGCUCGAUGGAUCAAGUUUGAGGAAGACGUGGAGGAGGAGACGGACCGCUGGGGGAAACCUCACGUGGCUUCGCUGUCUUUCCGCAGUUUGCUGGAGCUCCGGAAGGCCAUCUCGCACGGUGCGGUGCUGCUGGACCUGGACCAGAAAACCCUGCCUGGCAUCGCCCACCAGGUGGUGGAGCAGAUGAUCAUUUCUGAUCAGAUCAAAGCUGAGGACAGAGCCAACGUCCUGAGGGCCCUGCUGCUUAAACACAGUCACCCGAGCGAUGAGAAAGAGCACAGUAGCCCUUUCCCCAGAAACAUCUCAGCAGCCAGCCUGGGCAGUCUGAUGGCCCACCACCACAGUGCCAAUCACACCCAUCAGCCCGAGCCGUCUGUCACCGACCCCCUCAUGGGCACCGUCCACGCCGCGGGGGAUACGGACACACGCAUCGACGUGGAGAAGAACGAGGUACAGCAGAAGGAGCCGACCAUGGUGCCCGGCAUGCAUCGGUCCAAGUCAAAACAUGAACUGAAGCUGCUGGAGAAGAUUCCAGAAAAUGCUGAGGCCACUGUUGUCCUUGUGGGCAGUGUGGACUUCCUGGAGCAGCCCACCAUGGCGUUUGUGCGACUGCAGGAGGCGGUGGAGCUGGAGUCUGUCCUGGAGGUCCCCGUGCCUGUCAGGUUCCUGUUCGUUCUGCUCGGACCCCCCACCACCAGCAUGGACUACCACCAGAUAGGACGCUCCAUCUCCACGCUCAUGUCUGACAAGCAAUUCCACGAAGCAGCCUACCUGGCAGACGAUAGGCAGGACCUGCUGAACGCCAUCAACAGCUUCCUGGACUGCAGCAUCGUGCUGCCGCCUUCAGAAAUGGGCGGCGAUGAGCUCCUGCGCUCUGUAGCUCGCUUUCAGAGGGAGAUGCUGCGCAAGAGGGAGGAGGAGGAGGUCAAACUGUUGGCCAAAGAGCCCAAGAGCCUUGAAGAAAAAGUGGCCCUCCUCACACCUAUGAAAAAGUCAGAUGAUCCUUUAGAGCGCACCGGACGCCCCUUUGGUGGGUUGAUACGAGACGUACGGCGCCGUUACCCGAAGUACAUCAGCGACUUCAAGGAUGCCCUGAACAGUCAGUGCAUGGCUGCUGUUAUCUUUAUCUACUUUGCUGCCCUUUCUCCAGCCAUAACAUUCGGAGGCCUUCUGGGUGAGAAGACUGAAGGUCUGAUUGGUGUUUCUGAGCUGAUCGUGUCGACAUCAGUGCAGGGUGUGAUCUUCUGCUUGCUCGGAGCGCAGCCGUUACUGGUUGUGGGCUUCUCUGGACCCCUGUUGGUUUUUGAAGAAGCCUUUUAUAGCUUCUGCAAAGCGAACGAAAUGGAGUACUUGACGGGCCGCGUCUGGAUCGGGUUUUGGCUCAUCGUCAUCGUGAUCGUCACAGUGGCCUUCGAGGGCAGCUUCCUGGUCCGUUUCGUCUCCCGAUUCACCCAGGAGAUCUUCUCAUUCCUCAUCUCCCUCAUCUUCAUCUGCGAGACCUUCAUCAAGCUCGGCAGGAUUUUCAAGGAUCACCCUCUGAAACGCUGUUCGCUUAACAAAACCGUCAACGGCACGGACGAGAACGUCUCAACAGAAAAUAUCACAGUGGUGCUGAGCAACAGCACCGUUCCUGUGACGGUGCAGGUCAUCGGCGAACCCAACACCGCGCUGCUCUCUCUGGUGCUCAUGGCUUCAACGUUUUUCAUUGCUUUCUACCUGCGCAAGUUCAAGAACAGUGCGUUCUUUCCUGGAAGGCUUCGCAGAAUUAUUGGAGAUUUCGGGGUACCCAUUGCCAUCCUCAUCAUGGUCCUGGUGGAUUACAGCAUAUCAGACACAUACACACAAAAACUGAGCGUUCCCAGUGGUUUCUCUGUGACGAGUCCCGACAAACGCGGCUGGAUCAUCAGUCCUCUGGGCAGCGACGGUGAAUUCCCCAUCUGGAUGAUGUUUGCCUGCUGUUUGCCCGCCCUGCUGGUUUUCAUCCUCAUCUUCAUGGAGACGCAGAUCACCACCCUGAUUGUGAGUAAGAAGGAGCGGAUGCUCGUCAAGGGAUCCGGUUUCCAUCUGGACCUGAUGCUGAUCGUGGUGUUGGGCGGCAGCUCAGCUCUGUUCGGCCUGCCGUGGAUGGCGGCCGCGACCGUCCGCUCAGUGACCCACGUCAACGCCCUGACUGUCAUGAGUAAAGCCGUCGCCCCCGGAGACAAGCCUCGCAUCCAAGAGGUGAAGGAGCAGAGGGUGACGGGGCUCCUGGUGGCCAUCAUGGUCGGCAUGUCCAUUGUGAUCGCUGACCUGCUGCGUCAGAUCCCCCUGGCCGUGCUGUUCGGUAUCUUCCUUUACAUGGGUGUGAUGUCACUCAAUGGUAUCCAGCUAACAGAGCGUAUGAUGCUGCUGCUAAUGCCACCAAAGUACCACCCGGACCAUACCUACGUCCGCAAGGUCCGUACGCUGCGCAUGCACCUGUUCACAUGCAUCCAGGUGGUUUGUUUAGCUGUUCUUUGGGCCGUUAUGUCGACUCAGGCAUCGCUGGCCUUCCCAUUUGUCCUCAUCCUCACCGUCCCUGUCAAGAUGUUCCUGCUGCGCCGCAUCUUCAACGCCAGAGAGAUGGCUUGUCUUGAUGCGGACGACGCAGAGCCGAAGUUCGACGAGCGCGAGUGUCACGAUGAGUACUCGGAGAUGCACAUGCCCGUGUAAGCCACCACACGCCCUUGUAUUACCACUUACCUCCUCUUAGUGGACACCAAAAUCCCUCAAUCACUCUACCACCAACCGAUGACAUCCAACGAGAUCCGACGACGGAGUCCCUCAAACUUGAAACACUCACAGAGCUAUUUGAUGCCACAUCACUGUGCGCAGCUAGCUGGCCCUCUUCAUCAUUACCAAGACACGGACGUUUGUCGGAGGUCUGUUCGGUUGUCGCUUUGGUCAAACUUUUCACUAUUUAAGUAGCUUUUUUGGCAGAUUCAUGGCCCAGCUGUGUUUAUUCUCAUAACACGCAGGUGACAUAACACACUUCUGGGUUUUUCUGCCGGUUAGCAGCACUUUGUGGCACAAAGAAUGAACGUCAGAGGAGAUCAAACAGUCAUUAUCAUGUGUUCAUUCAUAAUAUACUUUUUUUUUAAAAAACUAUAUAUAUUUCAGGGGACAAGAGAUUCCAAAUCAAGUGAUAUGAUCUCGAGCUCAUAAUUAAACAUGAUUACAGUAGAUAGAUGUGCAAACUGAUUCAUUUUUAGCCCUGAAAGGUUGCUCUGAUUCACAUUGAAUAUGUGGAGGAUAUAAUGGGAUACAUUCCUUUAUAUUAACAUACUGCAUUAUUGCUAAUUAAGUUUGUCGCUUUUUUCAUGUUUUUGCUCUUUUUUUUAGCUCACCAAGCGCCUUAUGAAGGAAAUAAAAAGGUAUUCUUAGAGGUGUUUUCCCCUCAUUCUGUCUUAUUUUAGACAGCUGAUCACUUUACCCGCCUCCCGAAGCUCGUAGCACUUUUUAAAAGACACCAAAUCUGAACAAUGACUGUAUUUUAUGUGAUCAUUUUAUUUCCUUAGUCCCUCUUGAGUCCCCUUAAAUAUCAAUGUUGCUUUAGUUUGCUUCUUAAAGGACUAAUUGUGAUUGAUUUUUAGCCUUUUUGUCCUCAAAUGCAGCAGUUUAAAUUGAAUUCUGUACCUGUAGUGAAUUAAGGGUACCAGCAGAGGGAGAUAUCUGUCAUGACGUACCAAAAAAGAAAAUGAAAAUGCAAUUUCUCAUUACACUAAUGCCAUGGUAUCAUGUUUCUUAUCAUAACACAUUUUUUUAGUAGAGCGUUAACACAGUGGCAUGAUAAAUAUACUCUAAAUGUCUCCACUCACAUGUUUAGGGCACUAAUGUACUAAUGUAGAGUUUGUUUUGAAGCCUCACUUGGUGUGGUUGGUUUAUGGGAAUAGCUGUAAUUUAUUGGUUUGCUUGUCCAAGUGCCAAAUGUCUCAUGUAAAUAGUUUUGUGGUCAAAACAAUAAGCUGCAGUUCAGUCAUCUCACGUCUCCUAACUGUAUUUUCUUGAAGGUGUUUCAGCCUAAAUUAACAAAUUUUCAUAAUACAACAUUCCACAAUUUAUUAUAAAAUUUCCUCUGAUUUUAUUGGCAGCAACUAGUCGUCAAAACAUGUCAUUUACACUUGUGUGAACUUGGUCGACCAAAUUUUCAACAGAAGCUGUGUAGACAAUCUCAAUAUUCAUGCAUUGCUGAGAGGGAAGGCUUUUAAAAGUAUAAAUAUGUAUUUUUUUGUGUGUGUGUGUGUGUGUGUGUGUUUGUUUUUAUGUCAUGUUGUGUCAGUGUGACAUGGAUCGGUAGCUUUGACUGUGUCAAAAAAAACAAACAAAACAAAACGUGAUUUUUCGGUCCUCUGUUACUCUCAAGUGUGUAUUUGUAUCUCAGACAUCACUUUUCACCUCUCCCUCUGAACUGUCCCAUCUCAGCCUGAACUUGACUUGUCGUUGUGAUCUUGUGCCUGUUUGGUGUCACGGAAGUUGGCACAAAAUCUCAAGUGCCUGUGGGACCAUGAAGUGAUCAGCUACAAGUGUCUGCUGUGUUUGUAAGGAUGACACAUGUGUUACAAUAUUUUGCACUUUUGAGACGCUCAUAAAUCAAACAUCUCUCCAUUUACUUGCAAUAUGAGGCAUUAUUGCUGUUUUUUUUUUUUUUUUUUUUUUUUUUUUUUAAAAAGAUUAUUUGGAAUUGUUAAAUGUACACACACAUUUGGCUGCACCAUGGCCAUGGACAUGAAGGGGAUAUUUAUCAGAAGUAAGAAGUGUCAGUUUUAUGUUUGCUUAUUGUGCCUGUGGAUCGAAUGAAGGUGCUCUGUGUAUGUCAAAGUAUCUGUCAAAAUCAUGAAAUGCUGAUACGAUAUGUUGUUCCAUUUCAAAAGCAAUACAAAGUCCAAGAGGCUAUUGCUAAUUUUCCCUUGUACAUUGAUGGUUCAAAUAUUGAUGACAAAUAAAAGUUAUUUUCUAUUUA